CAGCCAUGAACAUUCUUUAAUACGGCUAAAAUCGAUCUUGUGGGUCUUGUCAUUUGAGAGAAGACGGAUAUUGGGUGACCACUCCAGAUAGCUUUUGCGUCAUUUGUAAGAUCUGCCAGACACCAAGGCUGCUCCUUGUUUUCUUUUUUCAAGAAAUCUAAUCACAAUGUCUUACAGAAGAGCAUUCAAAAUUGUGUGUGGGUUUGCCGGUGGAUCAGCAGUGUUUGUUUAUGGUGCGGCAGCAGCGCAGUCGCAUGGUUAUUUCGGAGACCAGCAGGGUCAGCGUCAGUACAAAGGUGGACUGGCCGUUCUCCAAGCCGCCCAGCCUACAACUUGGGUCUCGGGAAAUCACACUGUAUCACCGAGUGGAAAUGGAUGGGACAGCAACUGGGACAAACGGGACCCAUCCCUCAUGGUGAACUCAAGAAGGAAAGAGAGUGCAGGAGAUGAAGCCAACACUGAGGUGGAGAAUAACAAACCCAAAGCCACACGCCACAUAUUUCUCAUCCGACACUCCCAGUACAACUUGAACGGCAAUGGAGACAAGGAGAGAAUCCUCACCCCAUUAGGCCGGGAGCAGGCAGAGUUAACAGGCCAGAGGUUGGCAGCACUGGGCUUAAAGUACGAUGUUCUGAUCCACUCCAGCAUGGCACGGGCCACUGAGACCGCCCACAUCAUCAGCAAACACCUUCCAGGUGUGGAACUCAUGAGCUGUGAUUUGCUGAGAGAGGGAGCGCCUAUUGAACCCAUCCCUCCUGUCAGCCACUACAAACCAGAGGCGGUGCAGUACCACGAAGACGGCGCCCGUAUCGAGGCCGCAUUCCGUCGCUACAUCCACCGCGCCGACGUCAAACAGAAAGAGGACAGCUACGAGAUCAUCGUCUGUCAUGCAAACGUCAUCCGCUAUUUCGUGUGCAGGGCUCUGCAGUUUCCUCCAGAAGGCUGGCUCCGUUUGGGCCUUAACAACGGCAGCAUCACGUGGUUGACCAUACGACCUAGCGGCAGAGUGGCGUUACGGGCCCUCGGUGACUCGGGUUUCAUGCCCCCCGACAAACUCACCCGAACCUGACGCCCCACAAACGGCAACUCUGUCAGAUGGUAUUCUCUCCAGUCUCCUCAAGUGUCCCGACCGAGAUGUGUCAGUAUCGUUG